CAGUGCGCAUGCGCACCGGAGCUCGCCACCGGAAGCUGACUUGUCAGUUUUGUUUUGGAAGGUGACGGGCGCGUGAGCUGCGUCGUCAUCAGGAGACAGAGAGGAGGCGACAUGGCGGCGGAUUGUCUUCUCAAGGUUAUAUUUGAACACGAAGGAGUCUUCAUACAUCCAAGCAGCGAUGAAGAUGGCAUCGAGCAAGAUUUACUCAUUUCAGGGUCACUUCGGAUUGUUGACAAGGAUGCUGAAAUCAUUGUGGAGUACAGACCUUUGGAAGAUACUGUCGACCCAUCAAACAUGCUGUGUGCUGGAAAGGACUCCAGCUCAGUCAUGGAGUGGGAUCAGUGUUCAGGUGCGAGGUCCCACCAGCUGUUAGAGACACAGCACAGCUACGAGACAGAGUGGGACAUGGUCAACGCCGUGUCCUUCAAGAAGAAACCCUGUACAAACGGAGAGGGCUCUCUGAACCACAGCCAUGAGAGGAGCAGGUGGGCGUUCACCUUCAGUGUCAGUGACCUCAGGUCCAUCACAGUGAAGGUCGAAGGUUGGACCUUUCUGAUGUUCAAACUGAAGGAGGCGUCCACCUCGCUGCCUGCUCUGCACUUCCACCAGGGCGGCAGCACAGAGUUCCUGGACAGCCUGAGGAGGUUCGCUCUGCUCAGCGAGGCUCCAGAUGAUGAAACGUGUCUGUUGGUCAGCACGCCAAACAAGGCUCUGUCUCAGUCCUUUGAGAACCUUCUGGAUGACAACAACUUUGGCCUCGUUCAUCAGAAGUUCAGAAAGGACCCGUAUGUGACCACCCUGGGCGGCUUCUCCAAAGUCACCAACUACAUAUUCGAUGCUUUCCGGGGGACGGAGGAGCAGCACCAGCGCCCCCCAGAGGAAGUGGCCGACCUGCUGGGCGAAGUCAUCCCGGGACUGGAGAUCAACCAGCAGGAGGAGCCCGGCUUCGAGGUCAUCACCAGGAUCGACCUGGGAACGAGGCCUCAGGUGACGAGGAGGGAGCCGCUGUCGGCAGAGGACUGGACCAAACAUCAGGAUCCAGAGGGGAGGAUGAUCAACAUCUCACUCCUCAAACAGAUCAUCUUCAAAGGGGGACUCUGUCAUGCUGUGAGGAAAGAGGCCUGGAAGUUUCUGUUGGGAUACUUUCCCUGGAGCAGCACGCUGGAGGAGAGGAAAGCCCUGCAGAGAGCCAAAACUGAUGAAUACUUCAGGAUGAAGCUGCAGUGGAAGUCCGUCAGUGAGGAACAAGAGAGGAGAAACUCCCGGCUGAGAGACUACAGGAGUCUGAUAGAGAAAGAUGUAAACCGAACGGACAGAACAAACAGGUUCUACGAAGGCAUCGACAACCCGGGCCUGGUCCUCCUCCACGACAUCCUGAUGACCUACUGCAUGUACGACUUCGACCUGGGUUACGUUCAGGGGAUGAGCGACCUGCUGUCACCGAUCCUCUACGUGAUGGAGAACGAGGUGGACGCCUUCUGGUGUUUUGUCUCCUUCAUGGACCAGAUGCACCAGAACUUUGAGGAGCAGAUGCAGGGCAUGAAGACUCAGCUGAUACAACUCAGUACUCUGCUGAGACUGUUGGACUUGGCCUUCUGGAACUACCUCGAGUCUCAGGAUUCAGGUUACCUGUAUUUCUGCUUCCGCUGGUUGUUGAUCAGAUUCAAGCGGGAGCUCAGCUUCCAGGACGUCCUGCGACUCUGGGAGGUGAUGUGGACGGGUCUGCCCUGCCAGAACUUCCACCUGCUGGUCUGCUGUGCCAUCCUGGACUCCGAGAAGCAGAAAAUCAUGGAGGAGAACUACGGCUUCAACGAAAUCCUCAAGCACAUUAAUGAGCUUUCAAUGAAACUGGACAUUGAAGAAAUCCUUCAGAAGGCAGAAGGCAUCUGUCUGCAGAUAAAGAGCUGUAAGGAUUUGCCUCUGUCUAUCAGCAUCAUCCUGGGCUUCGACACAGAGGUUUCCGACCCGACAGGCUCCGGAUCUCCUCCGGCUCCCAGACCGACUCAGCGACCGGACGCCUGCUCCAACGGCCACGGACACUUGAGAGAAACCAGCUCUCACAACAGCUGCAAAGUUGCCUUCAUAUCGUAGUGAACAGCCGGUCCACCCAGAGACUGACUCAGUGUGUCAGCAGGAGGGCGGCGGCAGCGUGUCGCCCCGACAACACGGAGGAAGAGGAGGAGAAUGUAAAAAGGAUUUAAGAUUAUUCAGAAUCUUAUUUUUGUAAUUUCUUGUACCAUAUUGUCUCUUUCAUUCCUUCUCUCCUGCUAACGAUGCUUUCUAAAGCUCCAUUCAGACUGGAGGAACAUCGCAGGGGGAGGUGGGGCGCGACACGUCACCGCGUUCCUCCUCGUGUUAACCCCGGUGGCGUGACGGGAUCCGGUCUGUAACAGACAUUCAGCAGGACAAAGCCAACAGAGGAAGACUGAAGCCUCCUCAGGGGGGGGCAAAGAUACCGCAGGAGGUGGAUUUGAGUCAGAAACCUCCUCCUCCUCAGAGUCACAACUCCGUCAGAUCUGAACUCACAGACAUGAAACUCACGUCGAGUCGUUCAGCGCGACUCACACUUCCAGAGGAGAUCAUCGUCUCUGGCGUCCGUCCAGAAUAAACCUCAUAAACCCGCUGAGACGCCAGAGAAGAAAGCCGUUCUGGGUCGGCUGCAGACAGGAGCUGCUAACAGCUGACUCAGCUACAUUUAAUGGGGACAAUCUGACUAAUGUGAACAAAUCUAGGCAAAAAUGAGAACGGCAGCACCGACCUGCAGCUGACAUCACAACAGACCACCUGACACGGGGGCUCGCUCUCCCGAUGGCUUUAAUUUGUCUGUCGUCAUGUUGGCCGAUACGUUGCUGUUAGCAUGUUAGCAUCCAUCAGAUUAGCAACGACAUGUUUUACUUCCUCCGUUUUCACACACGAGUCAAAUUUCACGCUGAGCUGAGAAGAGACGGAAAGCCUCAGAGAUCCGCUUUAAAACACGAGGACGGGGUUUGAGCUGCAGGAGGAGCCGGUUCACAGAGACACGGGAGCUCACUGUGAUUAUUCCCGGGGGGUGAAACACGACCCACAUACGAUGCAACGCACUGAGCAGAGCAGGUGGCGUUAAAGUCAGCCCCCCCCCGCAGACAGAAACGCAGUCUGAAUGGAGCUUUAGCCGGCAGCGCGUCGUGUUGUGACCUGGGACGGGUUUUAUCUGAACCACGUCGGCUCCAACGCGUCUUUUAUUGGCUGCGUGUUUUCUCACAGUACAGCUGCUUUCAUCUGAAUAAGACAAACGUCAGUUCCUUGUUAAGCUGCUCGCCCGCUGAGCACACAGAUCAAACUACUCUCCGUGUUAAGCGUCUGAUACGAAGCCGGUCGCUGUGAAGUGGAGCGAAGGAUGGCGUUAAUGUGGGAAAGCAGUUUCCUCUGAUGUGUGAUGAAGAUGCUGAUUUGUGUUUUAUGUGGUGAUGCUGAGUCAGGUCAUGUUAUUUACUUAAAGGAGCACUGCGACAUUUUAGGGAAUAAUUUGGUUUCUUGUCAGGAGUUAAAUGAGAAGAUUGACAGGUUACUGAAAUAAAAACAAUUAAAGGCUGAUUCCGGUUUCUUACAGCUUGAGUCUCAUUUCUGUCAGCUCUGAUAACGUUAAACGAACCAGUAGUUACAAGUCAAGUUCCACACAAAGGUAGUGCCGAUUUUAACAGGACUUCCAGAAAACGGUCCAAAGGAAACCCGACGCGCUGCUCGUCUCCGCCCGCUGCUGCUCGUCUCCGCCCGCUGCUGCUCGUCUCCGCCCGCUGCUGCUCGACUCCGCCCGCUGCUGCUCGACUCCGCCCGCUGCUGCUCGUCUCCGCCCGCUGCUGCUGCUGCUGCGAGAACGCGAGCUCAUUGGCUGAUGGAGGUGAACAGCUGGCGGAGCUGAUCCUCCAGCCGCUGCCGUUAAAGCGUCGCAGAAGAAGAGGACGCAGCGAGACGACGUCAUUAAAAGCUCAGACGAUGGAAACAUGACGUUUCUGUCGGCUUCAUGUGUUCGUGUGAGGAAGGCUCCAGCCUCCUCAUCGCUCCACACAGCUGAUGCUCUCAGCUCUUCAGGCUUCGUGACGUCAGCAGUUAUUCACUCAGUCCGCUUCCUGUUUCAGCCACAAACAGCUUCCACGCCUCGGACAGGAAACGCUUUCUACAUGUUUAGUUUUUAUGCACAUAACGUCCGAACAGCAAACUCAGGUGGGAGUUCGUCCUCACAGCUGGUGGCAGCGACGGACGCAGCUACAAAAACAAGACGCACGUUGUAAUAAACUGUAAUCGCCUGCAGGAUCCUCCUCGCAGUCCUUCAGAGUUCAUUCCUGCUUCGUUUGUUGACACCUUUGGUUACCAUGGUAACAGCAGGUGAGGGUUAAUACUACAAACGCAGGUUGUUUUUAAUAAAGAAGUCAGUCAUUAAUAAUCACAACCUCAUCUGAUGUCAGUAGCUUUCCGCAGCAGGAGGCAGCGAGCGAGUGGCAGACUCUGCCAACGAGGUCGUACGUAGAGAUCAUUAUAACUUUGAUAUGAAUCUACUCAUUUAACUCCCAGGAAGGAAACAAAAGCUUUAUUUCCAAAAUGUGAAAAUAUUCCUUUAAAACCAACGCACGCAGCUUUUGAAUCAAAGCCUCUCCAGUCUGAUGUGAAUCCACAGCUUCUUUAUCGCUCUAACAAAACGACUGACAGGAAGAUACACCUGUUUAUUAAGAACGUCUGGAGCUCGACCCUCGCAGCGUCUCCGCCAUGUUCCUGCUGCACGUUCAACUGUUGGUCAUUUCAGCUCUUUUCAUGUAAUCGAUUGAACGCUGGGCAAUAAAACGAUUUAUCGAUACUCAA